AUGUCCUUUCCGAAUUUGCCGGCUACAGUAGCCCCAACCAUCGUGGUUGCGCGCGAUGUCAUCGCCCAAUCUCGGAAUGCCCCAAAUCCUCCCAACCUUCUGCCGUUGAUGACCUCGAUCCCUGCCGAGCUCUUGACUCCCACAUUAGCAUAUUUGCGCAUUGCUGCUAAGUCGAAAUUGUCGUUUUUGUACGAGAGUGCUGCUACUACGGAGACAAUUGGGCGAUACAGUUUUGUCGGAGCCGACCCAAGAAAAAUAAUCAAAACCGGCGCUGGACAUGGACCUGAAUGCGAUCCUCUGCCCAUCCUUGAAAAAGAACUCGCACAAUUCCGGAGUGCUACGGUGCCUGCCCUGAAACUACCCCCCUUGACCGGAGGUGCCAUUGGCUAUGUGGGAUAUGACUGUAUCCGAUACUUCGAGCCGACGACAGCCCGACCACUAAAAGACGUGCUCGGUGUUCCGGAAUCCCUCUUCAUGCUAUUCGACACCAUAAUUGCUAUCGACCAUUUCUUCCAGGUCGUCAAAAUCAUUACAUAUAUCCCAAUACCCGACAACGAUGCAGACCUCGAGGCGGCAUAUCUCAAGGGUCAGGCGUUGUUGCAGGAGAAGAUUGACAUUUUGAUAGAUCCACAUGUUCCGCUGCCGCCACAAGGACCUAUAGUCCCUAACCAGGAGUAUACAUCAAAUAUUGGUCAGGCCGGAUAUGAGAGCCACGUUACCAAGCUCAAGCAACAUAUUCAGGUCGGUGACAUAUUUCAAGCUGUGCCCUCUCAGCGAUUGGCUCGUCCGACCUCGCUUCAUCCCUUCAACAUAUUCAGACAUCUCCGUUCCGUAAACCCGUCGCCAUACCUGUUUUAUAUCGACUGUGAAGACUUUCAACUUGUGGGUGCUAGUCCAGAGUUGCUUGUCAAGGAAGAGAAAGGUCGAAUUAUUACUCAUCCUAUCGCGGGAACUGUCAAGAGAGGACAGACUGCUGAAGAGGACGAGGCACUUGCAGCUGAGUUGCGGGGGAGUCUUAAAGACCGCGCGGAGCAUGUCAUGCUUGUGGAUUUGGCCAGAAACGACGUUAACCGCGUGUGCGACCCUAUGACCACACAGGUUGAUCGACUGAUGGUCGUUGAGAAGUUUUCGCACGUACAACAUCUCGUAUCUCAGGUGUCUGGCGUGCUUCGGCCGGACAAGACACGUUUCGACGCUUUCCGUUCCAUCUUCCCAGCAGGCACUGUCUCAGGUGCGCCCAAAGUGCGCGCAAUGCAGUUGAUUGGCGAACUAGAAAAGGAGAAAAGAGGUAUCUACGCAGGUGCAGUCGGAUAUUUCGGAUACGACAAAGCCUCCAUCGACGGCUCGAGUACGAUACCCGGUGAUAUGGAUACUUGCAUUGCGCUGCGGACGAUGCUUGUCAAGGGCGGAGUGGCGUAUCUGCAGGCUGGAGGAGGUAUUGUGUUUGACUCAGACGAGUACGAUGAAUAUGUGGAGACGCUGAAUAAGCUGGGUGCGAAUAUUGCUUGUAUCAAGGGGGCGGAAGAGAUAUAUAUGCAGCUUGAGAAGGCAGUUGCUUCUCGUGGAACUAAAUAG